CAUUAGCAGGCAAGAUGGCGCUCUCGCUGUCAGCACCCGCAAGCGGACAGCUGCCGCUCUGUGCUUGUGCUAUUAACGCAACAGCUAUGAGAAGCUGCCAGUAAUUCAAUGAGAUUGCGUUAUUCAUAGUGAAUUGUGCUAUUAGGCUAUAUUGUUGGUGAUAUCAUCAUCAAAGAAUUGAGCAUUCAUCUGAGUUCAUAUGUGAGGGUUAUGAUAGCCUACAUCAGACCUGUCAGCCGUUUGGUGCAGCAGAGAUCGAAGAGAAUAGCAGCAAUUUAAAUACUGUGUGGUAUCCGGUUGAUUGCUACGGGUAACGGCACUUACCGGGGACACUUUUGCAGCGACAAUCACAGCACAUUUUCCACAAUUGGACUGCAUAGGAAACGGUAAACUGCACGUGAGACUCUGAUGGUUGUGUUGCUAUGAAGCGACAAGCAAUAAUACCAUGAAAUACAAAGCCAACAAAAGGACAUUCUAACAUUCUGUCAACAUCUGCCUUUCAAUCCGAUUGUUAUUUUUUUGCCUGUCAAAAGAUGAAGGAGCGAUUUGAAACGCAAAAACCGGGCUUGAAUGUGCAAAAAAAAAAUGCAGUGUUUCUCUCUACAACUGGCCCAUUUCUUUGAUUAGAAGCUGCAGUGUCUCUGCAGCAUCCUUAACCCCACAUUGCGAGGAAGAUGUUGGCGGCUCUGCUGAUGGUCAUAAUGUCUUCAUCAUUCUUCGUCCCCGGGUUUGCCCUCAGUUCCCAUUUCGACUUGGAUGGCGCUCCGCUAAGUGGGAUGUCUUGGCCGUCUUCUCUGGCGGUUGUGGCUGUUUCCUUCUCUGGUCUCUUCACCUUCGUCUUCCUCAUGCUGGCCUGCCUCUGCUGCAAGAAGGGGCAUAUCGGCUUCAAGGAGUUUGAGAAUGCCGAUGGGGAGGAGUACCAGGCGGACCUGUCCACCCUGGCGUCCCCUGCAUCCCAGAGCGGACCUGAUGUCUACAUCCUACCCCUCACGGAGGUGUCCCUCCCCCUGGCCAAACAACCAGGACGAUCAGUCCAACUCCUGAAAUCCACAGAAGUCGGCCGCCAGAGUCUUCUGUACCUGAAAGAGAUCGGCGAUGGCUGGUUCGGAAAGGUUCUCCUGGGGGAGGUGAAUGCGGGCCUCAGCUCCACCCAGGUGGUGGUUAAGGAGCUCAAGGCCAGUGCCAGCGUUCAGGACCAGAUGCACUUCCUGGAGGAGUCCCAGCCAUACCGUGCCCUCCAGCACCCAGCGCUCCUACAUUGCCUGGCGCAGUGCACUGAAGUCACCCCCUACCUGCUGGUCAUGGAAUUCUGCCCUCUGGGUGAUGUGAAAGGGUACCUGCGUAGCUGUCGGGCUUCAGACACAAUGACCCCUGAACCCCUGAUCCUGCAGAGGAUGGCCUGUGAGAUCGCCUCAGGACUCCUGCACCUGCACAAACACAACUUCAUACACAGUGACCUGGCCCUGAGAAACUGCCUGCUGACCGCUGACGUCACAGUGAAGAUCGGAGACUACGGCCUGUCACACAACAAGUACAAAGACGACUACUUUGUGACGUCAGACCAGAUGUACGUGCCCCUGCGUUGGAUCGCUCCAGAACUCAUAGAUGAAGUCCAUGGCAACCUUCUGGUGGUAGACCAGAGCAAACAGAGCAACGUCUGGUCUCUGGGAGUGACUAUCUGGGAGUUAUUUGAGUUGGGGAACCAGCCGUACAGACAGUACUCAGACAGACAGGUGUUAACCUACGCCGUGAGGGAACAGCAGCUCAGACUGCCCAAGCCCCUGCUCAAAAUACCCUUGGCAGAGCGCUGGUAUGAGGUGAUGCAGUUCUGCUGGCUCCAACCAGACCAGAGGCCCAAUACAGAGGAGGUCCACCUGUUACUCAGCUACCUGUGUGCCAAGGGGGCCAGUGAGGCCGAGGAGGACUUUGAGAGACGCUGGAACUCCCUGCGUCCCAACCCCAACGCCGACCAACGAAGCAGCAGUCUUCAUCACGGGGCCGGAGCCCUGGCCACUGACCUUCCCUCCUCCUUCCCUCUGUUGGAGCAGUUCUCUGGAUGUGACGGUUACCACAGCGAAUCAGGAGAUGAUAUACUGACCGUGACAGAGACCAGCCACGGUCUGAACUUCCAGUACAAGUGGGAGCAGACCCAGGCGGGGAUCGGGGCGGAGCAGCCUUACCACCACGCUGCCUCAUCCUCCAGCGGUACCCUGGGGGUCGUCAACCACCACUGUCAGGACCUAUACUACCCAGGUGGAAUGGUGGGGGGCAGUGGUGGGGUGGAGAUGGAGGGUCUCACUCUGGGAGUGUCCCCUUCCUACUAUGAGCACAAGACGCUGCAUGUUUCUGGGGUCGGGGUCGGGGUGGUGCCGGUGCUCAGAGCCCGUAGUCCUUCAGUGAGCUCUGAGUACUACAUCCGCAUGGAGGAGCCUGGCGUGGACUACACCAUGUACUCCUACAGCCCAGACUACCAGGGCAGCCACGGGAGCUUCCUGACCAGCAGUGGCAGUGCAGACUCAGGGGAGUGUAUGAUGGGGAUGGGUCCCCCCCAGGCCCACUCCAAGCCUGUAGACUCCUACUGGUCAGCAGACGUCUGUAAAGAUGGGGGUGUUGGAGCGUAUAACUCGGACAUCUCCCUGACAAUGGAGCCCCAUGUCUCUGACUCCAGCCCCAUGAGACCAUGGGAGGCUGGUCACUACGUCUCCUACAAGGACCAGGACGGGGGGUACUACUACGAACACUCACCUCCCAUGGGCAUAGGCCACCACAUGGGUCUGGGGAUGGACCAGCAUUACCUGAUGGGGCGGGAACACUCUGCCCCCAAGCCCCAUCUGGAGAGCUGGGGGUCCCGUAACCUGCGACAGGCCCUGGGAGAACUGGACAACCCUCUGGGGAUAUCUCCCUCCAUCAGCACCCAUCUCCAGGAUGGCGGUCCUCCUUUUGGGGUAGGCGACCCCUACUUGGAGACAACCCAGGGCCCAGGCUCCGUCAUUGGGGGGAGUAGCGUCACUGGCGGCUACUAUGACAUGAUGGGUUCUCUGAGGAAACCCAUGCCGACCAUGCCAGACCACGCCCACUCAGUCAGCAUCACUAUGGCGUCGGAAGAGGCCCUCUUCAUCUGUCACCGGGACAACGACUUGGAUGAAGAAGAGGAUAUAUUCUCAGAGAGGCUGAGGAGCAGCAGUAGUAACCUCUCCAACCCCUCCGCUAACAACAACAGUCUAGGCCUGGGUCUAAGCCUUGGCCGUAAUGGACAGGCUGGCUGUAGACAACUACAGGAUCCCUAUGAAGACUUCCACUACACUAUGCCCACUACCGACAUAGAGGACUCGUGGCCUGAAGAGCACUGCCUGACCUUCCACUCCUCUGUCUCUGCUGCAGUUAAACCCAUAGACUAUCUGGAGGCUACAGCGCCUUCGGCUAAUGAUAGUGGCUGUUUAGUCCUGGGGAACCAUCAUGCCCUGGUCACUUCAGGGGACACCUGUAAUGCUUACAUCUAUUUGUGCCACGAGGGGGAAGGGGGGAGGGACGUAGAGCCGCCACCCAUCGAGUGCUGCCACUCUCAUUUCGUCGACCCCCUCACAGGCUUAGUGGUGCGGAACUACACCCGGGACGACUACAGCGAUAAGAUUGUAGACAUACCCAACAACAAGGAAGAGAGUGUGAAUCUGUCGCCAGCACCGGGAGGUCCUAAACCAAUCCUAACGCACAACACUAAGACCAGCACAACCCCUCUAAACCACUCUGAGCAAUAUGUUGACAUCACUAUGGACGAUACCCUUUCCAUAGACCAUAAGGAAGAGGUUAGUACGGAAGACAAAGGUGUUCUCACAGACCCUAAACCAGAGGGUGUGACUCUGACUAAGAUUCUGACCCUCUCCUCAGUGAAUGUUCCUGACCUAGUCCCCAUGGUCGAGCAAGAGUCAGAGCUGAGCCAUACGUUAGACAGCUGCUUAGACAGAGACCACUGCUCCAGCAUUAGUCUAGUGGACAUCUCUGACUGCUGCACCGACGACGAUGAAGAUGAUGACAUCACAGACUCGACCUCAGAGAUCUUCGCCGACGAAACGUCGGUUGGGGACCCCAACGCUUCCCCUCCCCUGACCCGUCCCCUCAAGUCCCUGCAGAAGCAGAUGGGAACCCCCAAUUCCAUGGCCUCCAUGGACCUGAUGCCUUCAGCAGUCGGCUCCACCUGCGAAGCUUUCAGCCCCUCCUCCAGCUCCUCCCACCCAUCUAGCUCCUCCCCCAAGGCAAUGGACAGUGGGUACGACACAGAGAACAAUGAGAGCCCAGAGUUCGUCCCCAAGGAGCCCCACAAUGAGCCUCGGGGCCCAGAGACAUUCACCCAGCCACUGGGGGAGUCUGUCCUGGACACCAGCCUGGAUGAGGAGGGGGAGGAGGGGGGGAAGGAGGCCGAAGUGGCCCCAUUGGAUGAUGAGGAUGAACCAACCCUGGAUGAAGAUGUGCUUCUAGCAGCCUCACAGACCACAGACAAAGAGAAGGGUCUGACCCCACUCAGUGAGAAGAACCCUUACAGGGACUCUGCCUACUUCUCUGACAAUGAGAACGAACGUCUUUAUAGGGAUGAGGGGGGUGACAAAGUAGGGGGUGAUGAAAGUGGAGGAGUGGAGGAGGGAGAAGUGGAAGAGAGGCUGACAGAGAAGAGGGAACUCAGCCCUCUUCAGAUAGAGGAGGAAGUGGAGACCUCAGCUCUUCUUCUGGAGGAGAGUGAAGACCCAGAGAUGGAAGCAUGCCUGACAGAAGAGUGCACCCAGGAUGAAGGGCUAGAGCUGGGGCUAGAGCUAGAGCUGGCCUCCAUUCUCUCUGGAGAAGUAGAGGCAGGGUCAGAAGGAUGGCCUGCCCAGGAGAAACCCUCUUCUCUGGGAGACUGGGCUGCAGAGGUGGUGGGGGCUAUGGAGGAAGCCCUGGGUGAACUCCAGAGGAGCAGCAGUACUGAAACAAACUCUGGUACCAAGGAGAAGGAGGAAGAGGAUGAAGGAGAACAAAGGGACAUGGAGGACUCAUCUGAAGCCUUAGAGACAGUAAACGUCCUAGAAGAAGCAUUUACCAAAAUGCCAGAGACCCUCGAGAAGGACGAUAAUGACGAAGAGAACAGUCCUCCCGCACGGCGUCGACGCUUCUCCUUCUCUCCUCCCCCUCCCUCCACCCCUCCUCUCUCCUCUCCUCUCCCUCCCUCCACCCCUCCUCUCUUCUCUCCUCCCCCUCCCUCCACCCCUCCUCUCUCCUCUCCUCCCCCUCCCUCCACCCCUCCUCUCUCCUCUCCUCUCCCUCCCUCCACCCCUUCUCCUCCUCUCCCCACGAUGACUCCCCCUCUGGGCUGGGAGUUGCCCAUGGACGGGGUGGAGGCGGACAAGGAGGACGUAGAUGGUGACUCCGAUGACAGUGAGUCAGACGAGGAGCUGAGCAGUUACAGUGUUCAGGAGGAGCAGAGUGGAGGGGAGGAGAGCGGGGAGGAGAACCAUGCUGUACCCGUUGUGUUGAGCGACUGUAGCGAUGCUCAUAACCUACGUAGUCUACUGAAGAUGCCCACCCCGCUCACCACCGAGUUGCUCGCCGAUGACCUGGUGGAACGCAAGAAGAAAGUGGUGUCCUUUUUUGAUGACGUCACCAUUUACCUGUUUGACCAGCAGAGUCCCACUAAAGAGCUGGCUGAGCAUGGGUUCUCUCCAGGGGCUGAGACCAGCGGACAGGGUUCACUGGUCAAACAACCAACCUCUGAUGACUCCUCAGAUGGAAAUAUCUCAGAAGAGAGUGCAGGGUAUGAGUGGGAGGAUGACUUCCCCCUUUUGCCCAUUCCAACUUCCUCAUCCAAGAUGGCUGCCUCCUCCUCAGGCUCAUCCCCCUCCGUACCCAGGCUGUCCUUCACCUCUAAGGCCCCGGAGCCCAAACCAGCAGUGCGGUACUCCCGCUUCACAGUCUCCCCAAGCCACGUGUCUCGCUUCUCCAUCACACACGUCUCUGACUCUGAUGUGGACUCUGGUCCAGGGAGCAGUGAGGAUGGAGACAGAGUAUUAUAGAACCACACAGCCACCCAGAAACUGCAGGAACUGCACCGUAUAAACAUGUCUGAGCCUCUAAACAUGACUUUUGUUUGGUGCUUUUUUUGGACAUCAGCUUUCUGAAAAGACAGUGCCUGAUUGUUUAUGAACACUUUUUGAACGGAGUCUGUACAAUGGAUGUGAAAGCAGAGAAUCAACACCGAUGAGAAUAUAUAAAAUACUAAAGGAUGAUAAUGUACACAUACACAGAAGAAUAUCUGUUUUUCAAAAGAACUUGAAUGAUGGUAAAGACAUACGUUGCAUUCAACGUAUUUUUGGGAACGAAGAGAGAAACUAAAGGACAAACGUGUUGCUCGUUUGCCACCAUAGACACUCAUUAUCAGCAUGUUAUGGAGAACCACACAACAUUACCGCUUGUUACGUGGAAGACAAGACAAUCAUUUUAUUGAUCAACUGUUUAACAUAGAUAUCAAAACAGAAGACACAAUUUACAGAAAACCCCCCUCUCAGAGACGGAGGGAGUGAAAAGCAAUUAAGGAAAGGACACAAUGUUUUUUUUUUCCAUCAAAUGAUCAGUGUUUGAAUGUGACUGUACCAAGAACAUGUCUUUGAGACAUGAGUUAACUCGUCUUCAUAAAAUAUCACAAAUAAUGAUUGAAGGAGAAUUUUGUAAUUCUAGUGUUUUCUCAAAGGAGACGGACCACCACUGUAUGUGGGCCUUAUGAUUUCCACCUGUACGGGUGCCAGAGUCACUGUUCCCCUCCAUCGGUCAGUAUGGGUCACUGUUCCCCUCCAUCUGUCAGUAUGGGUCACUAUUCCCCUCCAUCUGUCAGUAUGGGGCACUAUUCCCCUCCAUCUGUCAGUAUGGGGCACUAUUCCCCUCCAUCUGUCAGUAUGGGUCACCCUUCAUCUGUCAGUAUGGGUCACUAUUCCCCUCCACCUGUCGGGAUGGGUCACUAUUCCCCUCCAUCUGUCAGUAUGGGUCACUAUUCCCCUCCAUCUGUCAAUAUGGGUCACCCUUCAUCUGUCAGUAUGGGUCACCCUUCAUCUGUCGGGAUGGGUCACUAUUCCCCUCCAUCUGUCAGUAUGGGUCACUAUUCCCCUUCCAUCUGUCAGUAUGGGGUCACUAUUCCCCUCCAUCUGUCAGUAUGGGUCAUUAUUCCCCUGCAUCUGUCAGUAUGGGUCACUAUUCCCCUAAACCUGUCAGUAUGGGUCACUAUUCCCCUCCAUCUGUCAGUAUGGGUCACUGUUCCCCUCCAUCUGUCAGUAUGAGUCACUAUUCCCCUCCAUCUGUCAGUAUAGGUCACUGUUCCCCUCCAUCUGUCAGUAUGAGUCACUAUUCCCCUCCAUCUGUCAGUAUGAGUCACUAUUCCCCUCCAUCUGUCAGUAUGAGUCACUAUUCCCCUCCACUUGUCAGUAUGAGUCACUAUUCCCCUCCACCUGUCAGUAUGGGUCACUGUUCCCCUCAAUCUGUCAGUAUGGGUCACUGUUCCCCUCAAUCUGUCAGUAUGGGUCACUAUUCCCCUCCACCUGUCAGUAUGAGUCACUAUUCCCCUCCAUCUGUCAGUAUGAGUCAGUAUUUCCCUCCAUCUGUCAGUAUGAGUCAGUAUUCCCCUCCAUUGGUCAGUAUGGGUCACUAUUCCCCUCCAUCUGUCAGUAUGGGUCACUGUUCCCAUCCUUCUGUCAGUAUGGGUCACUAUUCCCCUCCAUCUGUCAAUGUGGGUCACUGUUCCCCUCCAUCUGUCAGUAUGGGUCAUUAUUCCCCUCCAUCUGUCAAUAUGGGUCACUGUUCCCCUCAUUCUGUCAGUAUGGGUGAAUGUUCCCCUGCUUCUGUCGGUAUGGGUCAUUAUUCCCCUCCAUCUGUCAGUAUGGGUCACUGUUCCCCUCCAUCUGUCAAUAUGGGUCACUGUUCCCCUCCAUCUGUCAGUAUGGAUCAUUAUUCCCCUCUAUCUGUCGGUAUGGGUGAAUGUUCCCCUCCAUCUGUCAGUAUGAGUCACUAUUCCCCUCCAUCUGUCAGUAUGAGUCACUAUUCCCCUCCAUCUGUCAGUAUGAGUCACUAUUCCCCUCCAUCUGUCAGUAUGGGUCACUGUUCACCUCCAUCUGUCAGUAUGGGUCACUAUUCCCCUCCAUCUGUCAGUAUGAGUCACUAUUCCCCUCCAUCUGUCAGUAUGAGUCACUAUUCCCCUCCAUCUGUCAGUAUGGGUCACUGUUCCCCUCCAUCUGUCAGUAUGAGUCACUGUUCCCCUCCACCUGUCAGUAUGAGUCACUAUUCCCCUCCACCUGUCAGUAUGAGUCACUAUUCCCCUCCAUCUGUCAGUACGAGUCACUGUUCCCCUCCAUCUUUCAGUACGGGUCACUGUUCCCCUCCAUCUGUCAGUAUGAGUCACUAUUCCCCUCCAUCUGUCAGUAUGAGUCACUAUUCCCCUCCAUCUGUCAGUAUGAGUCACUAUUCCCCUCCAUCUGUCAGUAUGGGUCACUGUUCACCUCCAUCUGUCAGUAUGGGUCACUAUUCCCCUCCAUCUGUCAGUAUGAGUCACUAUUCCCCUCCAUCUGUCAGUAUGAGUCACUAUUCCCCUCCAUCUGUCAGUAUGGGUCACUGUUCCCCUCCAUCUGUCAGUAUGAGUCACUGUUCCCCUCCACCUGUCAGUAUGAGUCACUAUUCCCCUCCACCUGUCAGUAUGAGUCACUAUUCCCCUCCAUCUGUCAGUAUGGGUCACUGUUCCCCUCCAUCUGUCAGUAUGGGUCACUGUUCCCCUCCAUCUGUCAGUAUGGGUCACUGUUCCCCUCCAUCUGUCAGUAUGGGUCACUGUUCCCCUCCAUCUGUCAGUAUGGGUUACUAUUCCCCUCCAUCUGUCAGUAUGGGUCACUGUUCCCCUCCAUCUGUCAGUAUGGGUUACUAUUCCCCUCCAUCUGUCAGUAUGGGUCACUGUGCCCCUCCAUCUGUCAUUAUGGGUCAUUAUUCCACUCCAUCUGUCAGUAUGGGUCAUUAUUCCCCUCCAUCUGUCAUUAUGGGUCAUUAUUCCCCUCCAUCUGUCAGUAUGGGUCAUUAUUCCCCUCCCACUGAAGGCCUGGGGCGUUAUCAUUAGUGCACACUAACAAACAGUUGCAGAACGCUUUGCAACGCCAACGAGAGUUAAUAUCGGACAUAUUCAGCUAUGUCCUUCUCCGUUUCCUUUCUUUUACAGACAUCCCUGGACCUAAACUAUUGUGUGAAUCCACCAUGUCAGUUUUGAGGGAAUAUCAUUGAUGACUUUGAAUAAAUGCUGUACUGCCUUUUUUUAGGACUUGAAAUUCAUGUGCUAUGCAUGCAGAUAGUGGUGGAUAAACACAGCUUAUGUUGGUUUCGGUCUUCUCCCCUGAUGAGGGUAGCUGCCUGUCCUUACCCUCAAGAGUUGAGCUUCACUGCACCACAUACUGUGUAAUAUGUCUACUACUCUUGAGGUGAACAUCCUUUGUGAUACGAUCAAAGAACUUGUACAUUUUUGAUUCUGAUUCUGAAAAUGGAACUGCAGUACAAGUACAAUAAGCUUACUAAUACCAUAGAUACAGUAGCAAAUCCUUAUAUAUAUAUAUAUAUAUAUAUAUAUAUAUAUAGGAAACUUUUGAUGAAAUAUUCACUUUUAAGAAAUAUGAAACUUUAAAAUGUAACUUAAAGAAUGGAAGAACAAACAAGUGAUUUUCAAGUGGCUUCGGUAUCAUGUUGAAGAUGACAUCCAAUAACUGUUGGAAGACUACAGAACUGGUUUGGUCUAAACGUACUGUGAUCAGCUGUGGGGUUGGUGAUGUCACAUGGAUUAGUCAGUGUAUUGUCUUUUCACCAUUUUAACAAUGGAAAAUACAUUUUGAAUUCAUGGACUUUUUUGACUCUGCUGUGUAUGUGACAAUGUGUUUGCUAUAGAAAUGAAAAAGGGAUGGAUGUGGUUGUAACAAAGAACCCAUACAGUCCAAUCAGCCUGCUAUACCAGCCUGAUAAGCCAAUCACUGUAGCAUGGUCUCAGGUCCGUUUGUACCCUCUGGCCUACUCCAAUGACCAUACUGUAGGUAGGCAAGACGGUACAAACUGAUCUGGGACCAGGCUAAAAUCACUCUGGUCUUUAGCCUCAAAGAACCAGGUUGUCAAUUUAGUUCAAAACAUAGAUAUGGAAUUACAUAGAUUCUAUGUCUAUGUUUUAAAGAUCGACUCUGGUCUCCAUGCAGUAAGUGUGUUCUGCUUAGUGUUUGUUAGCCUUUCUAGGGAUUUACUAUUCUGUAAUAGUUUAGCAUCCAUAGAUCCAUCUAGAGCGCUGUCUGUAUGGACUAUUUUUGUAUCUCAAAAAAAGAAAAAUUACGUUUAAGAAUAUCAAGAAAUUACCUGGAAUUUACCUGGAAGUGAGUUAAAAGUACAUGUAUUUAUGUUUUAUUGUUGCCAAAGAGAAGUAUUCAGUGAAGUCUGGGGGGCAAAUAGGAACAUAGGAUAUUUGAUCUAGAUUGUUUUAACCCACUAGUGGUGAGACUACAGCCUGGGUACCAGUCUGUUUGUGCCAUCAUGCCACUCCUGGUGCCCAGGCUAGUGAGAUGAAAGGGAUGUGUUGAUGAGAAAUGUUUGGCCUUGCCCUGGUCGUGAUUUAAACGAACAUGACUAGUUUAGGGAUGCUGUCAGUAAGAUGUGCCCUGGUCGUGAUUUAAACGAACAGGACUAGUUUAGGGAUGCUGUCAGUAAGAUGUGCCCUGGUCGUGAUUUAAACGAGCAGGACUAGUUUAGGGGUGCUGUCAGUAAGAUGUGCCCUGGUCGUGAUUUAAACGAGCAGGACUAGUUUAGGGGUGCUGUCAGUAAGAUGUGCCCUGGUCGUGAUUUAAACAAACAGGACUAGUUUAGGGAUGCUGUCAGUAAGAUGUGCCCUGGUCGUGAUUUAAACAAACAUGACUAGUUUAGGGAUGCUGUCAGUAAGAUGUGCCCUGGUCGUGAUUUAAACAAACAGGACUAGUUUAGGGAUGCUGUCAGUAAGAUGUGUCCUGGUCGUGAUUUAAACAAACAGGACUAGUUUAGGGAUGCUGUCAGUAAGAUGUGUCCUGGUCGUGAUUUAAACAAACAGGACUAGUUUAGGGAUGCUGUCAGUAAGAUGUGCCCUGGUCAUUAUUUAAACAAACAGGACUAGUUUAGGGAUGCUGUCAGUAAGAUGUGCCCUGGUCAUUAUUUAAACAAACAGGACUAGUAUGGGGAUGCUGUCAGUAAGAUGUGCCCUGGUCGUGAUUUAAACAAACAGGACUAGUUUAGGGAUGCUGUCAGUAAGAUGUGCCCUGGUCAUUAUUUAAACAAACAGGACUAGUAUGGGGAUGCUGUCAGUAAGAUGUGCCCUGGUCGUGAUUUAAACAAACAGGACUAGUUUAGGGAUGCUGUCAGUAAGAUGUGCCCUGGUCGUGAUUUAAACUAAACAGGACUAGUUUAGGGAUGCUGUCAGUAAGAUGUGCCCCACCCCACUCUACUUUCUGUACGUUAUGAAAUAUAAAUAAAGUGUUCUACAAAUCAA